CGGCUCUUCUCUCCCGUCCCGUGAUGCCUCGCGCCGCGAGUGGAACAGGCGCAAGAUGGCGGCUGAGCGGCAGGUGGUCAGCGGCGGUAGCGGCCGUGGAGGUGGUGGAAGCGGCGGAGGCAACAGCGGAGGCUCCGCGGCGGGCCUAGAGGAGAACAAGGAGAAUGAGAAGCCGAAACCGGGCGGCCUCGGCGAUAGCCUGGGCCUGGAAAUCCUUCAGAUUGUUAAGGAAUCGCAACAGCAACAUGGGUUACGGCAUGGUGAUUUUCAGAGAUACAGAGGUUACUGCUCCCGACGACUAAGAAGACUCAGAAAAACUCUUAACUUCAAGAUGGGAAAUAGGCACAAGUUCACAGGCAAGAAAGUAACAGAAGAACUUUUAUCUGACAACAGAUACUUGCUCUUGAUUCUGAUGGAUGCCGAGAGAGCCUGGAGUUAUGCUAUGCAGCUUAAGCAGGAAGCCAACACAGAACCUCGCAAACGAUUCCACUUGUUAUCUCGCCUGCGCAAAGCAGUAAAACAUGCUGAGGAGCUGGAGCGCCUGUGUGAAAGCAACCGCGUGGAUGCCAAGACCAAGCUGGAAGCUCAGGCAUAUACAGCAUACCUCACAGGUAUGCUCCGCUUUGAGCGCCAGGAAUGGAAAGCAGCAAUGGAAGCAUUCAACAAAUGCAAAACCAUAUAUGAAAAGCUGGCUAGUGCUUUCACAGAUGAGCAGGCUAUACUAUAUAAUCAGCGAGUGGAGGAGAUCUCCCCAAAUAUUCGUUAUUGUGCUUAUAAUAUUGGUGACCAGUCUGCUAUUAGUGAGCUUAUGCAAAUGAGACUGAGAUCUGGAGGCACUGAGGGGCUUCUUGCUGAAAAACUUGAGUCAUUAAUCACCCAAACCCGAGCAAAGCAGGCAGCCACUAUGAGUGAGGUAGAAUGGAGGGGAAGAACAGUGCCAGUGAAGAUAGACAAAGUGAGGAUCUUCCUGCUGGGGAUGGCUGAUACUGAAGCAGCUAUUGCUCAGGCAGAAGAAGAAGAAACUAAAGAGCGGCUGUUUGAAUCCUUGCUGAGUGAGUGUCGAGAUGCAAUUCAAGCUGUUCGUGAAGAACUGAAACCAGAUCAGAAGCAGCGGGAACACGCUUCAGAAGUGGAUUCUGGAAAGGUUACUAAUAUCCAGUACCUGCACAGUUAUCUGACAUACAUCAAGCUGUCCACAGCCAUCAAGCGCAAUGAGAGUAUGGCAAAGGCACUGCAGAAGGCGCUGCUUCAGCAGCAGCAGUCCGAGGAAGAUGGCAAGCGUACACCUCGGCCUCAGGAUUUGAUACGCCUUUAUGACAUCAUCUUACAGAAUCUGGCAGAGUUGCCACAACUUCCUGGUCUGGAAGAAGAUAAAGGCUACCUAAAGGAAAUUGGGAUAAAGACACUGGUGUAUAAAGCUUACAGGUGUUUUUUCAUUGCACAGUCAUAUGUUCUAGUGAAGAAGUGGAGUGAAGCCCUUGUUUUGUAUGAUCGAGUUCUGAAAUAUGCCAACGAAGUCCAGGCCCAAGCUGGAACUUAUAAGAACAGCUUAAAGGAGCUGCCUGAUGUCCAAGAGCUGAUCACUCAAGUGAAUGCAGAAAAAUACUCCUUGCAAGCAGCUGCCAUAUUAGAUGCAGGUGACAACCAUGAGACUGAAUCACCAUCCCAGGUCAAGGAUGGCAAGCCACUUUCUGAACGGUUUGAGACUUUCUGCCUGGAUCCUUCUCUUGUCAGCAAGCAAGCCAGUCUGGUGCAUUUCCCACCAGAAUUCCAACCGAUACCAUGCAAGCCUUUGUUCUUUGACCUGGCUCUCAACCAUGUUACUUUACCACCCCUGGAGGACAAAGUGGAGCAGAAAGCAAAGAGUGGUCUCACAGGAUAUAUCAAGGGCAUCUUUGGAUUCCGGAGUUAACCGGGGCCAUUCUCAAGAAGAGCGCUUUUCUUCCUGUAUUUUGGGAUGGCUCCAGCAGGUUCAGACCUUAACUACUUAUGUCUAAAAUCUGUAUGGGAGGUCUUUAAUAACUUCCCAGUAUUCUCUUUGUUUGCACACCUGUUUUAUUAGAAACUUCCCACCCUGAGAACAUGCAUAAUGUGGUCUGUCUCCCAACAUUUGAAACUGAAGGAAAGAGCUGGAGUCUCAAAUCACAUUUAUCAAUCAGUUCAGGCAGGAAUAAAGCCCACUUUGUGUGGGCUGGCAUAUCAUCAUUUUGUUUUACAGCUGACAUGGUACUUUUAAUUUUCAAAAAGCUAACCCAGCCCUCUGGACAGUACAGAACAGAGGGGAACCAAAGGCACAUAUAUGUCUUCAGAUUUGGACUGUCUAAGCAGAGUAUGCAAAAACCCACAGCUGGCUAGAUAUCUGUACUGCCUGCCAUUUCUGACUUUUGCUUACAGCCAUGUAAAGUUUUGAUUUGUUUUUAACAAAAAUCAGGAGCUUCAGAUUUACAAAAGUCUUGGAUUAAAGAUAUAUGAUGGUUAAAAUCUAUAAAGUAAAAAUGGGAUUGUUUUAGAAUACACUUUAAAGCGUGUUGUAUAGUCUUUCCACAUUGAGGCACCACUUCUCAGAACAGAGGAAUAUGUUUCUCAGAGGGUCUUUCUUAGAACCUAAAAAGUCUUUUGGCUUCAGAAAGAACAAGCUACUAUCAUUUUAUAUCUUGAAAGACUCCUGACAUUUCUUCAGUUUCCCUCUUCAACUUAGCUGAAAGUGGUAAAUUGGGAGGGUGGUUUUGUUGCUUAUUCUGUCUUUUACCUCCUUUCUGACAUAUUUGGUUGUUUUAGGGAUUCCACUAGUGAAGAAUCAAAAGUGGAGCCAAUGAAAUCUUAAGCAAUAAAGAUCUCUAGCCAUGUGUUCAUGGUGCAUUUUUUUGUGAGAGCAUUUAUCUGUGCUGUGGGAAUUCAAGUAUCUUUAUGUCAAUAUCAUUCCCCCCCCAAAAAAUAUAUAUAUAUAUGCAUAGGCACAAUUAUUCUAAACAUUUGUGAGCCUGAAUUGUAUAUUUGACUUUUUUUGCAAGCUAUAUUACUGGUCUUAGGUAGUCUGAAAUAUUUGUUGGAGAUGAGAGUCCUUAGCCAUAUUUUCGUGUUUAUAUUUUGUCAUACUGUGCUCCAGUUUAGCUCUGUUUCUUCUUGGCAUUGUUGGAAACAGUUUUGAAACUGGAUUGUUCAGUUAUAGAAAUAUUAAACAAAAACUGCUUUUCAGCCACUCAGUUAGCAAGCUGCAGAGAAUUAAAAUUUUCAGAUUAAAGAUAAAUUGGGUUUAAUUAUACCAAAGUUAUUGGAUUUAUGUACCAUAUGAAAAGAGUGCCCCACCUGUUUUAAAGAAAUGCUCUUUCUGAUCUGUCUAUGGGAAGGGGGUUUUAUAGGGAAAAAACCUAUUGCAAAAGAAAAAGGAAGUAAUAUUUUUUAAUUUUAUCAAGAGAUGAAAUUUCACAUUGAGAUGCAGUAGUAAGCCAAUGAUUUGUUAGUUCUGUUGAAGGUUAAAUGGAAAUGAGAUCUUUUGUCAAGUGACUGGGUCCAAUCUCCUCUCUGGGGAUGUGCCUAUCAGUGUUUUGUUGAUUGUACUUUGCUUCAAGCUCUGGUGUCGUCUUCUUUUCAGAUCUGAAUUAAAUCUGAGAACUCUGAUCCUCUUA